AUGCAAAUAUAUUGGAUUCUGGUGCUUCUCUUCCUGCAAGUAGAAGCAGACGUGACUCUAUCAACGGAAAAUAGCUUCGAGAGGAGUGCUCACUGUGAGGUGACCCGCGAUGAGGACGAUGAGCGGUGUGGCGCCAUUUGCUAUCCGGUUGUGAAGCCGCUACUCCGGUACGCGGCCCUAUGCCAGGGGAAGGAUGCAUCGAUUAACGACCUCAAGGAUGAAAUCCGAAAGAAAGAUGUUUACAUCGCCCAAUUGGAAAGCAAGCUUGAGAUUGCCAAGUCAAUGGAAACUCAGGCAAGUAAACAGAUGGAGGAUCUCAAGGUGCAACUUAAGGUAAACGAGAUGCUGAAACAGAUGGAGCAUCUUAAACAACAGACGGAUGCCAAAAUUAAGAGCUCGUAUCAACAGCUGAAAGAUAAGGAAACUGAAUUGCACCUGAAAGCCAUCAAAAUUUUGAAAAUUGAGAAAGAUUUUAAAGAUCGUGAGGCCGAAAUCUUUGACAAGAAAGACCAGAUCUCAAAAAUGGAAAUGCAAACUCAAUCUAGAGAGGUCCAAAUUCAAUCAAAGGAUAAAUCAAUCAGAGAACUGGAGGAUCAAGCGAAUUCCCUCAAACAAAAGCUGAAAGGCAUUUCGGAGGCAAGCAGUUGUCUGCCAUUCACAAAUUCCACUAAAAUCCAUACCAUAAGUUUGCCCGGAAUAGAUCCAUUCGUUGUGCCCUGCAAUUCCAGUGUGUCCGGAUCUGGCUGGACGGUCAUCCAGAGACGAGUCAACGGCCUUGUAGACUUUAAUCGAAACUGGAUCGACUACAAACUUGGGUUCGGAGACCUACGGGAAAACUUCUUCUUGGGACUGGAAAAAAUCCAUCAAAUGACCCUGCUCCAGCCUCACGAGCUGUACAUCCAACUCCAGCAUGUUAAUGGAAGCACCAGCUAUGCUCGAUACGACGAUUUUAAAAUAGGAAGCGAAGAGGAAGACUACAAACUGAAAUCGUUGGGAAAAUAUUCAGGAACAGCCGGCGAUUCACUGAAUUAUCACCUAAACAUGAAGUUUUCCACUUUGGACCGGGAUAAUGACACUAGUGAGAAAAAUAAUUGCGCGAAACAUCAUGAAGGCGGUUGGUGGUUUUCUUAUUGCGCACAAAGUUUUCUUAAUGGAAAAUAUUAUGAAGACGGUAAAAGUGGAACAAGUGGCGAUUACGGCAUUAUUUGGGGUUCUUGGCAGAAAUAUAACUACGAGAUCUCGCUUACUUUUUCUCAAAUUAUGAUAAGGCCAAAAACACUAAAAAAUUUAUAUUUUUUAAUGAAUAAGUGA